AAUGUGCCUUAUGCGUCAUGAGGAUGCUGACAAGGAAUAUUUGCAGUUUGCUAAGAUUCAAAGCCCGAGCUUUCCCCUUCUACGAUACGGGAAAGGAAAUUAUUCAUUGUGUGGGUGGGGGUAUCAAUGCAUUCGUCCUUGGGAGGAUUUGGAGUUUGGCGGCUAUUGAGAAAUACCAGAGAGGAAGAGAAGGCUAUAUGAACCACCUCCUAAAUUUCGGUACUGCAGAUAGAUGUAUGUAUAAGCAAAUUAAGCAUAUGAUUUGUUUUUGAAAGAAAGCCUCUGGUUUUGUGUGAUGGAAAAUGGAAGUGGUCAGAAAGUAGAUCAGUCCAGACUUCUGGAUAACUUACCGAAAGGGUUAGGGAAUCUGCAGUUUGAUUAUAUAGGUGUGUUGAAAUAAAUGGUAGGGUUGGAUUUUAGAAAGGGGACCGCAUUUCCCAUUCACUGAUCUGUGCUGUGAAGAGGAAACGGCAUCAUCUGAAGCAGCGGGCCAAUUGAGUAAAUGUUUUCAGAGACUGGUUACUUUUUUUCGCUGGGUUUGAAACCCUUUGCCUGAAGAGUCUCUUUGAACUUGGAAGAAAACAGUGCUCUUUUUCAUCCAACAAAAUUAUAUAUAUAUAUAUAUAUAUAUAUAUUUGGAGGCAUCUCAUUUAGCUUGUGGACUUCCUUGGGAUCCAGUGAUGGAGAUGCUUCUGGGACUACUCUUUCUGUUUGUGGACAUUUUGGGAUCCAGAGUUACUGAUGAACGCUUGAGAACUGAAGUUCUUGAACUCAUGGCGGCAUCUCGGCUUAUCGAUGGACACAACGAUCUCCCCAUGAAAUUAAGAUGGUUUCACCAGAACAAGCUAAGCACAAUUGAUUUGAAGAAACUCAGCAAUACCAACACAAACAUCGAGAAGCUCCAAGCUGGCCAUGUUGGGGGGCAGUUUUGGUCGGUGUACGUUAUCUGCAGUGCACAGAACAAAGACGCUGUACGUUUGACACUAGAACAAAUUGAUGUGGUCAAACGAAUGUGUGAAGACUAUGAAGAGCUGGAAUUGCUGACAUCUUCAGAGGGCAUUGAGAAUCUUAGCCACACUAAGAUAGGAUGCUUGAUUGGCAUUGAAGGUGGUCAUUCCAUUGAUAGCAGUCUGGCCACCUUGAGGAUGUUCUACGAUCUGGGGGUUCGCUACAUGACUUUGACGCAUAUGUGCAACACUCCCUGGGCCGAAACAUCGACGAGAGGCAAAUAUGAUUUCUAUCCUGGUGUUAAAGGCUUGACUCCUUUUGGCUUUGAAGUGGUGAAGGAGAUGAACCGCCUGGGAAUGAUGGUAGACCUAUCUCACACGUCUCAUGAGACAGCAAAAAAUGUUCUCAGGGUCUCCAAAGCACCUGUCAUUUUCAGCCAUUCUUCUGCCUAUGCUGUCUACCACAACUCCAGGAACGUUCCAGAUGAUAUUCUCCUUAAGCUUAAACAGAACCAUGGAAUUAUAAUGGUGACAUUCCCUGCGAAGUUUUUUGCUCAUGACAUUAAUACAGUUAACAUUUCAACUGUUGCAGAUCAUUUUGACCACAUAAAGAAAAUUGCAGGUUCGGUUUCAAUAGGAAUUGGCGGUGACUAUGAUGGAGAAUUUCGAUUUCCUAAGGGGCUGGAAGAUGUCUCAAAAUAUCCAAACUUAAUUGAAGAACUGCUGAGGAGAGGCUGGACCAAGGAGGAACUUCGUGGCGUUCUGAGGGAGAACUUUCUUCGUGUUUUCAAAGAAGUAGAAAAUGUGAAGAAGAGCUUGCAAGAGAAGGCAAGUGAAGUAGAAAUCCCACUUGAACAGGUGGAUCAAGACUGUCGCCUACAGCUGAGACCUCCAGCUUCACCAAGGAACAAUUCCUGUAGAUUGAUUUGCAUGGGGCUACUCAAGAGCCUUGUCUUCACUCUGGGAAUGUACAUGAUGCUACCCUGAUCUUGAUUCUGACGAUGGUGCCAAGGGCUGCUUCUUCCAAAGUUAAGAUACAGUAGUUACGAAGAACAACACUACUAAUUGCCACUGAGUCUGGGACCUUCAAUGCUUCCUGCUUCAUUUUGCACAAAAGGCUAAAAGAAGGAGCCAAAGCAGUGGUGCGGUUCAAAAAGUUUCUACUACCGGUUCUGUGGGCAUGGCUUGGUGGGCAUGGCAUGGCUUGGGGGGCAUGGCAGGGGAAGGAUACUGCAAAAUCCCCAUUCCCUCCCUACCCCACUAACCUGCUUU